ACUGAAUAUACUUUCCCGCCGAUACGAUUGGUUGUUCUGUUUCUGGAUUACUUUUUUUUUGAAGUUAAAGAUUUGAUCCUUUUUCUCUGGGAGUCUACCGACAUGGCAUCGGCAUAUUCUAGCGGCGGAGAUGGCGGCGUAAGGAAUCUUGAAGCGUCGAUAACGGCGUGGCAUUUCCAGACAGCAGUCUAUCUUGCCUUCGGGUUCUUCUUCUUGAGACUCUUCCUCGAUAGAUUUGUCUUUCAAAGGAUAGCUGUAUGGCUUUUGAGCACCGCUUCUUCUGCGCCUAUUAAAAUGAACGAUCCUUCUACUCGUGCUAAGCUCGUAAAAUGCAAGGAGUCUCUGUGGAAGCUCUUGUUUUACGGUGCUUGUGACAUAUUUGUUCUCAAAGUCCUUUUUCACGAGCCAUGGGUCACAGAAGUCAAGCUCUACUUUCACGGUUGGCCUAAUCAAGAGUUGAAGCUUCCGAUAAAGCUUUACUAUAUGUGUCAGUGCGGUUUCUAUAUGUAUGCUGUUGCUGCCUUGCUUGCAUGGGAGACAAGAAGAAAAGAUUUUGCUGUUAUGAUGUCUCACCAUAUCAUUACCAUCAUCCUCCUUUCCUACUCCUACUUAACCAGUUUUUUCAGAAUUGGAGCAAUCAUCAUAGCCCUUCAUGAUGCAAGUGACGUGUUUAUGGAAACUGCUAAAAUUUGCAAGUACUCUGAAAAGGAAUUUGGAGCCAGUGUGGGGUUUUCACUCUUUGCUCUCUCUUGGCUCCUGCUUAGGUUGAUAUACUUUCCAUUUUGGAUCAUCAGGGCCACUAGCAUUGAACUCCUGGAUUAUUUGGAUAUGACAUCAGGUGAAGGCACCAUCAUGUACUAUUCCUUCAACACACUGUUACUGACGCUUCUUGUUUUCCACAUAUAUUGGUGGUAUCUCAUUUGCGCAAUGAUCGCAAGACUACUUAAAAACAGUGGACAAGUGGGAGAAGACAUAAGAUCCGGUAAGGAAUGGGUCGUUUUUUUCAGAAUCUGGCAUGGUGAGUGGAAGAAGAACGUUCAAGAGCAGUGGUACUUUGUCCCAAACCAUGAUGAUUUCGGCUUUACGAUGUACAUGGAUUCCCCUGAGGCCUUUCCGGUGAUUGAUGCUACCGUCAGGGAAUGGUACAUGCUCCGACCCGAGACUCCGGUUUUCUUAACCUACAGGAUGCCAAACUGGAUGCUCUUGCCAAGUGGACCUUCCUCGCCGAGAAGAAUUUCUACGACAUAUGACUUGGUAAGUUUGUUAAGGGAGAGGUCACCACUAAGUGACAUAACUCUCAUCUGUACUUUCGGAGCCAAAAGCAUGGCAGAGUUUCACUUUCUCUGUCGCUCUGAUUUCACGAUAGGAGCUUCAACCUAUGUAGUGGGAGAAGGUCAAGAUGAGAGAAUAAGAGCAAGAUAUGAGAGAUUGGUGCUGGGACAGAGACUGGUGGUGAGCGAAAGUGUUAUGAGAGAGGUAUUUGGGGAGGAAGAGAUGGCAAUCCUCCACCGUGUUGCUCUGGAGAUGGCUUAUGCUGAUAGGAUUCUGAGACGUGGAACCGAUGAUGGUGUAGUCCGACGAAUGGAGAUCAUUCAGCUUGAUGACGAUGCCGAGAUGGCUGAUGUGACUCAGAACGUGGGGCCUCUGAAGGUAUUAUUCCCGAAAAUGGAGGUAUGGACAAUCGCUCCCUUCGAGUCCCAACAAGUGCCUCUCAUCCCUGCUACAGAUGCACCAUCUGUUCUUUGGGAUGUUGGUGUUGACUUGUUCGACUAUCCUGAGAUGUAUAACACAGAAAUGGGCCGUCGUAAGCUAGCUGAGGACGCGACUUUUUGGGAAUCUGUCAUUCAAGCAAAUCUCGAGGAUGAUGAGGAAGUAAUGUACAUUGCCAGUCAUAAUGAAAUCCGUGUGGGGUUGGCUUUAGAGGAGACAAGGAAGGUAGGAAAUGGAGACGCUAACGGGGAAUCCUCAUCAUCUUCCAAUGCCAUCGUCCAUACUCCUCUUGGAGUAGAGGUUAGGUCCAAAGACAUGGAGGUUCCCAGAAAUGAUAAGGGAGGGACAGAAGUUAUUGAUCUGGAUGGUUAUGACGGAUGCAACAACAGCAAGGCAGAUGUGACAGUGAAUGUGAGUGUGGGAGGAGGUUCAGCAGCAACUGAUGGUCAGACACAAGCAGCUCAUAAAUCGGGGAACACAUCGUCGGAGGGCAGCGACAACGAGGGUGGGUCUUGA